AUGUUGCCAUACCAAGCGGUGGCGAUGGACUAUGUGGCCGGUUUCCCUCAUCACCAGCGACCUGGGUUGCCCGGAGUGAUGGGUCUGCCGGGGCCCGGCCCGGGAUUGAACCCGGGGCUGAACACUGCCUUCACCCAUUCCUGGUUCGUACAGACAAGCCCGGAUAUCUGUCGGCAGCAACAAGCAUCCAACCAAUCGCAUCUUGAACCUGGUAUUCUUGAACUACGAAAAGAGAAGAGCAGAGAUGCAGCGAGAUCCCGCCGUGGCAAAGAGAAUUAUGAGUUCUACGAGUUGGCGAAGAUGUUGCCAUUACCAGCUGCCAUCACCAGCCAACUGGAUAAGGCGUCUAUCAUCAGGCUUACCAUCAGCUACCUCAAGCUCCGGGAUUUCUCGGGACAUGGGGAUCCGCCGUGGAGCAGGGAUACGCCACCAACUAGUAAAACUUUGAAAGGUGCUCAAAACAGACGAACGGCUGCAGGCCUGGCGAUGGAGCUGUUUGAGCAGCAUCAAGGCACACACAUACUCCAGUCUCUCGACGGCUUCGCUCUCUCCGUUGCAGCAGAUGGGAGGUUCCUGUACAUAUCUGAAACUGUUUCUAUAUACUUAGGAUUAUCACAAGUAGAGAUGACGGGCAGUAGUAUAUUCGAUUACAUUCAUCAAGCUGACCACGCAGAAAUCGCGGAACAAUUAGGAUUAUCACUGGCCGGUCGGGGUGGGGCAGGGUUGAAUAGUCCCGCGUCUGGAAGCGAAGAGGGAAGCCAGCAUGGAACUAAUAAUCCUGAUGGUAAGUAG